AUGAGAACUAAUCAAAAUCCUAAUGGCAAUAUUAGCUCAAGAAAUAAUAUGAAUCUAAAUCAAUCAAUGCAAAAAUCUUAUACUAGUGUCAGACAUAGAGCAUCAAGAUCCAAUAGCAAAGACAACUAAUCACCAUUUAGUAAUUUCCAAUUAUUCAUUAGUAUUUUAGGACAUCAAGCCUCAGUGAGAUAAACAUCAAAAGACUCUUAAAGAUUGCAAAGAUCAAAUUCAAAAUCAAACAGCAAGGGAAGGAAUACCUCAAUGAAUAAAAGCUAAAAAGUUAAUUUCAUGAGUAAUUCAGGCUACAUUGACAAGGGAAAAAAAUAUUGUAUUUUUACUACCAAGGAACGUUCAGGAAUAAUUGCAACUACUGAAACCUCUAUUUAAGGUAGAUAUAUCAAUGAAUAAGUCAAUGAUCCUGAAGAGCUCAAAUAUUUUAUACAAGAUAAAUUUUAUCAUUCAGUGGUAAGUCCUGCAAUCAGAGGAUUUAUUGAAGGCACAAGUGCUAGUGUAAUAUUAUUUGGACCUACAGAAGGCGGAAAAACUUACACUCUAAAAGGUAAAACAGGAGCUGAGAGGGGAAUUUUGCCUAGAGCUGUCGAGGAUAUCUUCAACAUAGUAAAGAAUUCAGAAUAAAGGCAAGAGGAGCUAGAAGCAAUUAAUCAAAGAAUGAUGUAUAGUGAUGAAGAAGAUGAUGGUAACUUUGAUACUCAAAAUUAAAGAGAUAUCUAGAGUUACAACUAAAAAGUCAGAUAAAGUAUGAAUUAGAUGGAUCCAAAUGUCCCUGAGAGACUGUUUUUGAAAAUAUAAGUCUAUUAAAUAUUCGUAGAUAAAGUACUCGAUCUAUUAAAUACUAGCAGAUAAGCAUUAUCUGCUUAAAAUGCUAGAGUAAGCUCAUAUAUUGAUAAUGAAACCAAGGAAGUAGUAAGCAAGUUAGCUAAUGUCACUGAAAAAGCUAUAUUUAACUUAGAAGAUUUCUACAGCGUCUUGCAAGAGGCCUUUAAGAAUAGAAGAUUGGAAAGUGUUUCAAUGUAAGAAUCAGAUCUUAGAAAAAAGUCUCAUUUCAUCAUCGGACUUACUCUAAUGAAGAGAAAUCCUUAGAAAAAACUUAUCGAGCUGGCCUAACUAAAUUUUGUGGAAUUAAGCGGGAGCGAAUAAGCUGUUGCUGAAGAUAGCUAUUACAAGGAAGUGUCAAUUAGAUAAUUUGUCACUAGAAGCUUUAAUGCCUUAUCUUCUUAGAUUCUUAGAUCAGCCCUUAGAAAAAAAUCUUAAAAUCAUGAUGAAGGUGAUGUUAAGUUAGUAAAUAGCAUUAGAAAUAGCUUGACUUAAAGUUCAAACAUCAUUUUGAUCUGUAAUGUUAACCCUAGUCCUUAAGCUUUUCAUCACUCACUACCAGCCAUAAAAUUUUGUGCUAGAAUCAGAGAGUGCAUUAUUAAGAAGUAGAAGCAUCAAAGAGAACCGAGUUCGAGAAACUCAUAGCAAAAUGAUUCAAUUAACAGUAUUCCUGAGUAAAGACAAUUGACUUAUGAUUAAAGAUAAAGCUAUUAAGCAAUUGAUAAAGUUUAAAUCCUUUUAGAUCAAAUAAGAGAUGAAGUCUAUCUUAAAAGAUAACGACCAUUUGAAAUGGGUCAACAUGAAAAAGAAAGAUGGUCUUUCAAUAUGCUAGAUAAAGUUGAUGCAACACUUAGAAUGCUCUAUGAAAAUUCAAGCUCCUUCGACAGAGAAAAAUCAGAUUUAUAAAUCAAAGAACUUAGCUUUUUGAAAGACCAGAUAAAUUAGUUUAGAUAUUAAAGCAAUCUACCUUUAAGUCCAAAUAGUUAGAAUCAAUACCUAAGCCGAAAUUAAUAAAACUGUAACUCUUUCAGCGGAGUAUAAAAUUUGAAGAGAGAAAAUUAGCAAUAUAACUAUAAUCCACACACAAACAGAUCAUUUGAUUAAAACUGCGAACAAGAUCAAAGAUAUCUUAGAUCUGGUAAAAGUUCAGUUGAAAGAUAAAAUCCUUUAAGUGAAAACAUGAUGAGUACUCAUAAGAGUGUAAGCAACUAGCAUAUUUACACAGAAGAUGCAUAGGAUUAGGAAGUCUAUUCUGACUAAGAGUUACAGCUGAACGAUAACCAUAGAUUAAACAAUCAAUAAAACUAACCCUAGCUUAAUAUAGUUCAGGGUUUGAGACCACAUAAUCUUAGCAAGAACAAUUUCCAAACCAGCUAUCAAUCUAUCAAUAAUAGAUAGCUGUUUUAAAAAGGCCUUAGCAAGGAUAACAAUCAAGAAAAUGAGCAAAUUUAUGCCAAUUUAAACGAAAUCUAGGUAUAUCAAAAGCAGAAUGAUAAUUAAAAGUUGGCCUAGCAUUCAUUAUCUCUGAACUUAGAAUCAGGAAUAUAAUCUAGCGUUCACUCUGAAAAUGACUUUCUAAACAAAGCUAAUCCAUUUAGGAACUCAUUGCAAUAAAAGUAAAAUAGUAUUUCAGAACACUUCUCACCUAAAAAUGAAGAUAAAAAUAUAUCAACUAUUUCCUAGGGAUUCAGAGCUAAUCCUAAAAAUGGUGGAUAAUUACAAUAUUAAUAGCAAAUUUCAUAAUCUCCAAGUUAAUAGUCUUAGGCAGUAAAGAAUCCAUUAACUGUAUAUCUUCAUAAUUAGAGCUUCCAAAGAUCCAGUCUAAACCAUUCUAUAAUCUCCUUACCCAUGUCAGAGUAGGUAAAUUCAAAGGUGCAUCAGUUGAAAUAAGACAAAGUUUAUCAGUCACAGCAAGAUGCUCUUUAAGAUAUUACUAGACUUAUCAAGCUUAAUGAUUUUGAAGGAUUGAAGCUCAGAGUGAAACAAAUUUUUAAGGAAAAAGAGGAAUUAGAAAAUGUAUCUGAUGAGUAAGUAGAGAUUAUGAGAAAUAUGAGAGUUGAAAUUGCCUAAAAAGAAGAAUUGAUUGAAGAGUAAGAUUCCUUAAUACGAAGUGCUUAAGUUGAAUUCUAAGCCACUAUUGAUGAGUUUAACUAACUUAAGAUAGAAAGAGAGAUGAAUCUGACUUAGUAAUCAUAAGAACUAGCUCAGCAUAUGAAAGAUCUCUAGCAAAAAUUAAGUGAGCUAGAGCAAGAUAAAAAUUAAUCUCAUAAAGCUCAAGAAAUCUUAGAAAUGGAAAAUAGAGAAUUAAUAAAAUUGAAAGAAGAGUCUGAUUAAAAGUAUUAAUCAGUAAAGGAGGAGAAUGAUAAGUUAAGAUCUAACUAUGACAUUCUUAAAGAACAUGAAGUGAACAUUAUUAGAGACUAUGAGGGUAAAAAGACCAAAGAAAUAAAUUUUUUCGAGCAAAGGCUAUAAGAUGCUGUCAAAUCAAGCUAAGACGAUAGAUAAAAAGUGAUAGAGCUAGAGGAGAAAAUUUUCUAAUUGAAAGAAGAAUAUCAAAGAAUGGAAUUUGAACUGUAAAAGUCAAAUGAGGAUAGAGCUCAUCUAAUUCAAUAAGUUGAGGAACUUAACCAUAAGAUCGAGAAGGAUUAGGAAGCAGUAAUUGAGAUCCAGAAGUAAAUGUAAUCAAUUGAUUUAGACUAUCAAAAAUUAGAGGAGUAAAAAAUUCAGGCUGAAUAAGAUAAAAAGAAGGCAUACAAUGAGAUAAAUAAACUUCACAUGCUUGUAGAGGAAAUGGAUAAAAAUAUUCAGUAGGAAUAGCAAAGAGUCUAGGACGAAAUCGCUUCAAAAAAGAACAAGGAAUAAGAUAUGAUUUAAGUAUGCAUUGUGAGAGAUAAGCUUGAAGAGCAAAUGCAAGAAAAAGAUGCAUAGUUAUAGCAAGCAGAGCAAAAUGAAUCCGAGUACAAGAGAUAACUAUCUUAACUGGCAGAUAUGAAUGAGGAACUUGAAAGAUAAUUAACAAAGAUAAAGGCCAAAGAAUAUGACAAAGUUGAUUUGAUGAAAAAAGGUGCUGAGUUUGAGGCUAGACUUAAAUAUUACUAGGUUGAUAAUGAAAAUUUAGUUAGAGAAAGAAAUAACCUUGACAUUGCUAAUGUUAAUUUGAAAAAGCUGAAUCAAGACUUUGAACAAAGAUUGCUUUAGGCUCAGGGUGAGUUAGAGUACUUUAAGCAAGCACACGAGAUGCACUUAGACAAAUUCGAUUAAAAGUUCGACUCAAUAUCAGCAGAAUUGCAAAAGCUAAAGCAAGAAAAUAUCUAGUUAAAAGAAAAGGAGAAAAACUACAAGCGUGACUAGAGAGAAAUUCUGGAUGAAAAAGAGGAGCUAUAAGAUCGUUUAAAGCUUGCAGAGAGAAGAAACGAUGAGAUGCUAGUAAAACUCUAAGAAGUGGAAAAAGAUAUGAGAGUGUUAAUGCAAGACAGAGAAAAGGAUCUCAAGGAAAGUGCGGUUAAGCUAAACUUUGAUGGUAGAUUUAAGGAAGAAAAUAAGCACAGAAUGUUAGAUGACAUUCAAAAUAUGAUCAAGCAAUAUAAAUAUGAGAAAGGUGUGAAUAAAAACCUCAAUGCAACUACUAAUGGAUAUAAUAGUAAUGCUCAUAAUUAUAGUACCUCAAGUGGAUACUAUUGA